AUGCUCCGCUCCGCCGCGGCUCCCGCCGAGCCGAAAGGCGCCCGCCGCCGCUACCGCCGGGCCGCAGCAGCCGCCGCUUACGCGUGUGCUCCGCUCCCCCGCACCUGCCGCUUAAAGCCUCGCAUGGCUCGGCGGCGCAGCGGCCCCGCCGCCGGGGGUGGGUCCGGACCGGCUGGGCGGGGACAGAGGAGGGGCUCAGAGCGGCUCGGCUCGGCUCGGCACGGUACGGCGCGGGUCGGGUUGGCACAGCGCAGCACGGUCGGAGCGGCUCGGCGCGGCACAGCACAGCGUGCCCGGCGUCAGCAGCUUGGAGCGGAGUGUGGAGCACCCCCAGAGUGCCGCGGGGCUGCCCCGGUGCCGGCCAGGCACGGGCGGCCGCUGCUCGGCGGAGGCGGAACGGCUGUGCCCACGGCAGGGCGCUCCCGGGGAGCAUACGCUCGCUGGGUGGUUUAUGACUUUUCUUUUUCUCUAAGGAAAUGCAGUAUUGCCCCGUCACGCACGCUACGUUUAUAUGCAUUGCAUGCCUGCAGCACUAAAACGCUGAAUGCAAUAGUUUUCUUCUCUUCGUGGUUUGUGUGGGCGUGGCGGCUCCUGAAGGAAUGUCGCUGUGGGGGGCGGUCCCGGGGCGGGGCCCGCCGGAGCUGUUCGGGGCUGCGGGUGCUGAGCGCGGCCGCUCCGCCUGGUGCAGCCGGGCGGGGCCGGCGCCUCCCCGCGCCGCGCUCGCAGGGGGUGGGCGUGGAGACGCUGCUGGAGGAGUUCCGCCGGCAGCUGCAGCAGGAGGAGCCGGGACCGCCGGCGACAGCGGGCGGCGGAGGGGGCGGCGGGGAGCGGUGCGGCGGAAGCGGCGGCUUCUCGGCCAGGCCCGACUCCAUCAUCCGCACCAAGGACUCCAUCGCGGCCGGCGCCACCUUCCUGCGGGCGCCCGGCGCCGUGUCGGGCUGGCGGCAGUGCCUGGACGCCUGCUGCGCCGAGCCGCGCUGCACGCUGGCCGUGGUGCAGGGGCCCGCCCGCCCGCGGGGCACGGCGGCCGAGCCGGGCUGCUACCUCUUCAACUGCACGCACCGCGGCCGGCCCGUCUGCCGCUUCGCCCCGCACCGCGGCUACAGCUCCUACAGCCGCCGGACCGCCGGCGGCGCCGCGCCGCCCACGGAGGAGAACGGGGCUGCGGCGUGCCGUUCGGCGGUGAUGGUACCUCCAUCUUUUGGGACUAGAGAAGACUACGAUGAGCCUCCACAGUGUAGGGCGGGCCAAGACAUUGUGCUGCAGUCACCUGUGGACUGGGUGCUUUUGGAUGGCCGGGAAAGCUCCGAUGACCAUGGAAUUGUGCACUAUGAGUGGGCGUUGCUGCAGGGUGACUCAUCGAUUGAAAUGCAGGUACCGCAGCCAGGAACGCUGAAACUGUCCCACAUUCAGGAGGGCGGGUAUAUUUUCCAGCUCACUGUGACAGACACUGCAGGUCAGCGGAGCUCUGACAACGUCUCUGUGACCAUUCUGCCCAUGGUUCAUUCUGCAGCAGCCUGUGUUGGGGUUUGCUCUCGCUACCAGUUUAUCUGUGACGAUGGCUGCUGCAUUGACAUCACAUUUGCGUGUGAUGGUGUGAGACAGUGUCCUGAUGGAUCAGACGAGACUUUCUGCCAGAAUCUGAGCUCGGGUCGGAAGACGGUGACACACGCAGCUCUUGGCACUACCCAGCAAAGGACUGCAGGACUGACUGAAAACACAGAGGAAAACUCUGCAGUGAACACCCUGAAAGCCACUGCCAGAAAUCAACCACUUCUCUCAGUGGAUGCAGACAUGUCUAACCAAUCGCUUUCUCAGGGACCAAAGAAACAAAUCAGUGGAUUUGUGCCAGAUAACAGUUCCUCAGGGAAAAGAACAGAUGAUAAAAAUGGGGAUGGCAUAAUGAUGCCAAAGAGAGAUCAGCUUGGAGGUGGUCGCCCAGUCCCAGAAACAGGUGCUGUGUUACCCUUAGCCUUAGGCUUGGCAAUCACUGCUUUGCUGCUGCUUAUGGUUGCUUGCAGACUGCGCUUAGUGAAACAGAAGCUCAAAAAAGCUCGACCCAUUACAUCUGAAGAGUCUGAUUACCUCAUCAAUGGGAUGUAUCUCUAA